GCUUUGAGUGACCCAGCCUCGUCGUGGGCGUCGAAUGGGCAAUGCUGUGUGUUUCUAGGGUACGCAGAGACUGCACUGGUGCAUCGGCACUGGGUCCAUCAGUUUCGCACCUCGCAGAUUUUCCUGCGGUGUAGGCUGAGGAUCAGUUGCGCUACAUCCAGGUCCAUUGCUCAAUAGACACUCGCAUUGGUAGGGUUUUAUCAUUGAGCUGGUUUGGGGUUUUAGCACCGUGAGUUUUCUUUUCUCCUUGUUGCGAAUAUUUGCAGCUCCGAGAUUACGAAGAAGAAGGAGAAGAAGAGAAGGAGGAGGAGGAAGACGAGGACUAAGGAAGUUCAGUAGGGGUUUAUUGGAAGAGCUGAACGAUGUUUUUGUAUAGUUUGACUUUGCAGCCGGCAACGGGAAUAGUUUGUGCUACGUAUGGAAACUUCACGGGCGGCAAGACGCAAGAAAUUGUGGUAGCCAGGGGCAAGGUGCUGGACUUGCUGCGACCCGACGAUAAUGGGAAGCUUCAGACGCUGCUUUCGGUGGAAGUAUUUGGAGCAAUUCGGUCUUUGGCACAAUUUCGCCUCACGGGGUCGCAGAAGGAUUAUAUUGUUGUAGGCUCGGACUCUGGCCGGAUAGUGAUCCUCGAGUAUAACAAGGAGAAGAACCUGUUUGAAAAGGUUCAUCAGGAGACAUUUGGGAAGUCAGGGUGUCGGAGGAUUGUACCUGGGCAAUAUUUAGCGGUAGAUCCGAAGGGGCGUGCUGUUAUGAUCGGUGCUUGCGAGAAGCAGAAGCUGGUUUAUGUGCUCAAUCGUGACAAUGCUGCACGACUAACGAUCUCCUCUCCCUUGGAGGCUCAUAAAUCGCAUACCAUAGUUUAUUCUAUCACGGGUGUAGAUUGUGGUUUUGAUAACCCUAUUUUCGCAGCUAUUGAGCUGGAUUAUUCUGAGGCGGAUCAGGACUCCACAGGGCAGGCUGCAAAUGAAGCCCAAAAGCAUUUGACGUUUUAUGAGCUCGAUUUAGGGCUUAACCAUGUCGUUCGGAAAUGGACCGAACCCAUUGAUAACGGAGCUAACAUGUUGGUCACAGUGCCUGGUGGGGGGGAUGGACCUAGCGGGGUGCUCGUUUGUGCGGAAAAUUUUGUUAUCUACAAGAAUCAAAACCAGCCUGAUGUCCGUGCCGUUAUUCCACGAAGGCAAGACCUGCCCCCGAACAGAGGAGUAUUGAUUGUGUCCGCCGCUACGCAUAAGCAGAAAGCUCUGUUCUUCUUUUUAUUGCAAACCGAAUACGGUGACAUAUUUAAAGUCACCUUGGAUUACGAUAAGGAUGAUCAAGUGACAGAGCUGAAAAUUAAGUACUUCGAUACCAUCCCUGUGACAUCUGCAAUGUGCGUGCUGAAAGCGGGUUUUCUUUUUGCCGCUUCGGAGUUUGGAAAUCAUUCUUUGUAUCAGUUCCAAAGUAUAGGUGAAGAUCCAGAGGUGGAGUCAUCAUCGUCCACUCUUGUGGAAACUGAAGAGGGUUACCAGCCUGUUUUCUUCCAGCCCAGGAAACUUAAGAAUUUGGUUCAAAUUGAUGACAUUGAGAGUUUGAUGCCCAUAAUGGACAUGAAAGUUGCAAAUCUUUUUGAAGAGGAAACUCCACAAAUUUUCUCCCUAUGUGGAAGGGGUCCGAGGUCUUCCCUUCGCAUCCUGCGUCCUGGUCUCGCAGUCACAGAAAUGGCUGUAUCUCCGCUUCCUGGAGUGCCAAGUGCAGUAUGGACCGUCAAAAAGCACGCAAAUGAUGAGUUCGAUGCUUACAUCGUGGUGUCAUUUGUGAACGCUACACUGGUGCUCUCUAUUGGAGAGACCGUAGAGGAAGUAAGUGACAGUGGUUUUUUAGACACGACUCCUUCUCUAGCAAUUUCUCUUCUGGGUGACGAUUCUCUCAUGCAGGUACAUCCAAGUGGUAUUCGUCAUAUCAGGGCCGAUGGGCGUAUCAACGAGUGGAAGACACCCGGAAAGAAGACCAUUGUGAAAGUCGGAUACAAUCGAAUGCAGGUGGUCAUUGCCCUUAGUGGGGGAGAGCUUAUAUACUUUGAGAUGGACAUGUCGGGCCAACUGAUGGAAAUUGAGAAGCGGGACAUGACAGGAGAUGUUGCUUGUCUUGACAUUGCACCAGUGCCUGAAGGCCGUCAAAGAUCACGGUUCUUAGCUGUGGGUUCGUAUGACAGCACAAUUCGAAUCCUCUCGUUGGACCCAGAUGAUUGUAUGCAGAUUUUGAGUGUGCAAGCAGUCUCAUCUCCACCGGAGUCGCUCCUUCUCCUUGAGGUGCAGGCUUCGACUGGAGGUGAAGAUGGCGCAGAUCAUCCAGCGAGCGUCUUUCUCAAUGCUGGAUUACAGAAUGGAGUAUUGCUCAGGACUGAGGUAGAUAUGGUAACUGGACAGUUAUCAGAUACACGAACCCGAUUCUUAGGCCUGCGAGCCCCCAAGCUCUUCUCGGCUUUAGUUAGGGGUCGACGGGCGAUGUUAUGUCUUUCCAGCAGGCCUUGGCUUGGUUACAUUCAUCAAGGACAUUUCCUAUUGACGCCCUUGUCGUAUGAAACCUUGGAAUAUGCUGCAUCGUUCUCGUCAGAUCAAUGCGCAGAAGGUGUCGUGGCAGUCGCGGGAGAUGCGCUUCGUGUAUUUACUAUCGAGAGACUUGGCGAGACAUUUAAUCAAACUGUUGUGCCUCUCCGGUACACCCCUCGCAAGUUCAUCUUACAUCCUAAACAGAAUUCUCUCAUCAUUCUCGAGAGUGAUCAAGGUGCUUUUAAUACAGAGGAUCGGGAGGCGAAUAAAAAGGAAGCUGUGGAGGCUGCAGAUAGUCACGAAAAUGGGAAAGCAGAUGGAGAAGACGAAGAUAUGGCUGACGGAGAGGACGAGGAACCUCUUCCUGAUGAGCAAUAUGGAUAUCCAAAAGCAGAGUCGAACAAGUGGGCGUCAUGCAUUCGAGUAUUGGAUCCAAAGACGAGCACAACCACCUGUCUCCUGGAAUUGCAAGAAAACGAAGCAGCCUUCAGCCUUUGCGCUGUUAAUUUCCAUGACAACAAGGAAUUGGGGACGCUUAUAGCUGUUGGAACUGCUAAGGAUUUGCAGUUUAUGCCAAAGAAAGAAGCAUCUGGUGGAUUUAUUCACAUAUACAGGUUUGCGGAUGAAGGAAAGGUUCUUGAACUUGUGCAUAAGACUCCUGUUGAUGGGGUCCCUACAGCUUUGUGUCAGUUCCAAGGUCGACUUCUGGUUGGAGUAGGUCAGGUGUUGAGAAUAUAUGAUCUUGGGAAAAGAAAACUGCUGCGUAAGUGUGAGAAUAAAAAUUUCCCGAACACAAUUAUUGCUAUCCAUACCUAUGGCGAUAGGAUAUACGUUGGUGAUAUUCAAGAGUCAUUUCAUUAUGUGAAGUACCGACGGGAUGAGAACCAGUUGUAUACAUUUGCGGACGAUAGCUGCCCGAGGUGGUUAACUGCGUCACUUCACAUUGAUUUUGACACUAUGGCUGGAGCGGACAAGUUUGGUAAUAUUUAUGUCAUGCGCUUACCCCAAGAUGUUUCAGAGGAGAUAGAAGAUGACCCUACUGGAGGUAAAAUUAAAUGGGAACAAGGCCGAUUGAACGGUGCACCAAACAAGGUCGAAGAGAUAAUUCAGUUUCAUGUUGGAGAGGUGGUUACAAGCUUGCAGAAAGCAUCCCUCAUUCCAGGAGGAGGAGAGAGCGUUCUUUAUGGCACUAUCAUGGGAAGCAUGGGGGCUCUUCUGCCUUUUUCAUCCCGUGAAGACGUAGACUUUUUCUCCCACCUUGAGAUGCAUCUGCGACAAGAGAACCCACCUUUGUGUGGCCGUGAUCAUAUGGGAUUCCGAUCUGCGUAUUUCCCUGUGAAGGAUGUAAUCGAUGGAGAUCUCUGUGAGCAGUAUCCAAUGCUAACUUCAGAGCUGCAAAAGAAAAUUGCCGAUGACCUUGAUCGAACCCCAGGUGAAAUUUUGAAGAAGCUCGAGGACAUUAAGAAUCGAAUCAUUUAAUUCCAAAAUCGAUGAGAUUGUUGAUAGAGUCCGACCUGUACCCCAGCACUUAACCUCCCACUCUUUCAUAGUAGCCAGGUUGAACCUGUAGAGAUACGUACGUCAGAGUGACCAAGCACGAUGAAGAAGCACUAAGAGCUUUCCUUCCCAGGUAUACGGGGUGAUUUCUCGGCAUUUUUGUGGCACUUGGGACUCAUCUCCACCACAUCUGAAAUAUGUGCACGCACUUAAAAAUUGGAAGGUAGCUUUAGCCGCAUCAUCGUUGUUGCUUUUCUGAAAUACCUUUCAACCGCAUGCAAUGUUGAGUAUGGCAGACCUUCCAGCAAGCGAGAGAGGAAUCCUGGAUACUUGACUCAGUAAACCUCAGAAGGUGAACGCAAGCAAUACAGCGCCCGUUGCGCUUGCAUUUUCCUGUAUCUCCAUGUGAUUAUUGGAAGUCAAUGGAGACCUGUAUUACUAAUCAUUUGCUUUUCUCUUUCUCAA